AUGAAUAUUCAAGAAGAACCAAUUUAUAGAAUAAAAAAUGAUAUGGAUUUAAUUGAUAGUAAUUUAAAAUUAGCCCCAAGACAAAUGAGAUCCAUUGCAAGGAAAAUGGCAACUGAUAAAAUUAUUUUAGGUUUAAUAUUAUUAAUUAUUGCUGGGAAAAAUGUUGUAAUUGUUUAUAAAACUUUUAAAUAA